AUGUGUUCUAAUGACCGUCCCAACAUUCACCUGAUGGUAGAGGAGAUGAAAUAUUCCUGCAGCUCCAUGCAUGAUCUUACCUGGAUAUUCUCUUUCAAUGGAACCAUGCCCCACGAAAAACUCAUGCUGUUUACCAACUCGCGUGACAAAGCUGAGAGUGCUUGUAACUGCAUCCAUCUUGAUAUGCCACUGCGAUCACAAGAUAAGGUCAUUUGGUUUCACUCUGGCAUGUCUAUGGAUUUUUGUGUUGAUAUAAUGGAUAAGCUUGGUAGAUGGGACAUUUGGGGCAUCUGCUAUAUGGACGCUGCAGGAAUGGUAAGUCGUGGUCUGUGGACUGAUGAGCACUUGAGCUCACGAUAUAUGCAUUAG